UGUGAAUUGAAUCGAUCGAUUGCUUCACAGGAAAAGGAAGCAGGAUAAGAUAGCGACCUGAAGCCCAUAUGUAGAUCCAAAAGAAAUCCAACCCCCUGCUGAUAAAUGUAACGGGUUCAAAAGGUCAUCGCAUGGCGGCCAGCAAUUAACAACCACACCCAGCAGCAGCAGCUUAUCCCUUAUCCGAACUACGGCGGCAAGCAUGUGUAAAAAUAAGAUGUACAGUAGUUAGCCAGGAGCUCCAAGCCUACGGCGUAUCCAUAUUUAUUAUUGGCAUCAGAUCCAGAUCUUUUCCCUUCUUGUUGUCUCACUCCUGUUAAUAAUAUAUACCACCAACCCGUUACGCUAUAUUACAAUCCUCACAUAGCCACUCGAAUCAAACCAGGGAGAAUCCAAGCCCGACUCUCACAUAGCAGACCAUAGCAAGGCCCCUUUGUAGAAGCGGAAAUACACUCCUCUACACAACUCACCAUGGCUGCUAGCUUACCCUCAUACAAAUACUUCAACGUCACCUUUCCGCAAGAAUAUGUUGCCCACGUCGAAACCAACCGGUCGAAGAAGUUGAACGCCUACUUCGAGCCCAUGUGGCUAGAACUGCGCACGAUCUUCGACACCCUCUCCGUCUCCCCCUCCGUCCGCUCCAUCAUCUUCACCGGCGCCGGCCCUGCCUUCACCGCCGGCCUAGACGUAAAAGCUGCGGCCGAGGGCCUCCUCAGCGGCCCUGACAAAAGCACCACCGACCCAGCCCGCACCGCCGCCAAACUGCGCCGCCACGUGGCUGACUUCCAAGACUGCAUCACCGCCAUCGAGCGCUGCGAGAAGCCCGUCAUCAUCAUCCUGCACGGUAUCUCCUACGGGCUAGCCGUGGACCUGGCCUGCGCCGCGGACGUGCGCCUGUGCUCCGCGGACUCGAAGAUCUGCGUGAAGGAGGUGGACAUCGGGCUUGCGGCAGAUAUCGGGACGUUGUCGCGGCUGGGCAAGAUCGUGGGUUCGUUCGGGUGGGUGAAGGAGGUGUGUAUGACGGCGCGGAUCUUUGGUGCGGACGAGGCGCGGCGGGUCGGCUUGGUGAAUGAGGUGUUUGAGUCCAAGGAGGCAGCUGUUCAGGCUGGGCUGAAGAUGGCGCAUGUGAUGGCCAGCAAGAGCCCCGUGGCCGUGCAGGGGACAAAGGAGUUAUUGAAUUGGUCGCGGGAUCAUAGUGUCCAGGAUGGCCUCCGAUAUACCGGCGUUUGGAACAGCGCCGCACUACAGACGAGUGAUAUUCAGCGUGCUCUCCUCUCCGGGCUGGAAAAGCGCGUCCCGACGUUUGAGAAACUGUAAGAGUUGAGGCCAGGCCAGGUUCACUCUCGGGAAAUACCUACAAAGGCGUUUUAUUUUUGUCUAUAUACGCGCACAUAUAUAUAUAUCUAGGUAUAUCCCAGCUGCAUGCUGCAUGGCCGGUAUACAUAUGCACAUGCAUCCAUCCUGUGCAUACUAACCGAGAGAAGCCAGUCGCGGUAUAGAGCAGUCUUAUAUUCCUCAUGUAUAUAGAGGGCUUCGAUUUGUCUAUUUAUUUCAACUAACGACGCAUAGCUGGCUCCACGUAAAUAAAUAUCCCGAGAAGAACAGUUCCAGAAAUUUUUAAAAAAUAAGAAAAAAGAAAAAAGGUUUCGAAGAUAAAUCAUAUGAAUCAGAGACAGGUUCAAGCUAUGUAGAUACCCAUAGAAAAUAGUGAAUAAAAGCAUCAUUAGGUCGGGAUUGAUAGCGUAGGGAAAAACAAGGAGGAAAUAGGGAGAAAACUGGGGAUAAUCAUUUCCAUCAUUUCGUAAGAAAAUAUUAAACGUUAAAAUUCACCACCCACGUUCAUAUGCGCCGAGAGUAUGCCAAAAAAAGAAUAAAAAAAUAUAUUUGACGUUUUAGAACAUGAACCAUCAGCCAGAAAAAUGGGCAAAACCCAAACAUGG